AUGGCCGGCUCCGGUGUAUAUGUGCUCACGGGUACGGUGAUUCGCGAUAAAGCUGGCCCCGCUACCUUUCUUUCUUACCUGCUUGCCGGCAUUACAGCCUUUCUCAACGCCCUCUGCUACGCCGAGUUGGGAUCGAGAAUUCCAAAGGUAUGUCCUUCCUGA